GGCAGUAGAUGUUAAAGCCGAAAGAGAAGCAGACAACUGGUGUGGUCCGCAAAAUGAAAAUUAGCACACCUCAAGUGUAGAGUUUAGCCACAGAAGACAGUCGUUUGCUCAUUUGUAAUUGACAAAGGGCUUUCAGCAAACAACAAGCUUGUAUUCGGUGUAUUGUGUAGCCGUCAAAGAUUAGAAACAACCCCAAAAAGCGAGCGAGGAUGUUGGUCCCCGCGGGAAGAUAAUGAAGAGGCUGCGCGUUUUGUUGGUGUGCCUCAUUGUAGCUCUCCUGUGCUGGUACCCCAGUCAAUAUGUGUAUUGUUCAGAGCAGAGCUUGUCUGGCCCUGGUCAGUCUGCGGGGGACAGAAACCCGGAGGACCAAAGGCACGAGCAGGAGCAGGACUCCACGCAACACAAGGUGUUGGAAGAAUGGACGACCCACACAUCAUACGAUAUGGGACUAGAGACGGAGAGAGCAGCACUAGAAAAGCUAGCAACAAACAAUGUGCUCCAAGAACAGACUGUGAAUCCUCGGCAGGCUGAGGGAGAAGAAACCAAGCCUGACCCAGAGUCUGAUACUGUACCUGUUGCCCCUGAGCCAGAACCCCACCCAGACCCCCAUGUUGACGCGGACCUGCAGACUGACACCCAGGACCAUGACCAGGAGGUCCCCGUGUCCUCAACUCCAGAACCAGUUCCAGCACAGGGCCAAGUGUCUACAGACGCCCCAGCCCCAGCAGAGAUCGUCAGUGACGCCCCUGCCACACAGCCCAGCCUGGACUCAACCUCAGCCACAUCCCCAGAUGAAGCUGAAAACGCACCUACCUCACAGAGCGACGACCACACCCACACAGAUGCGGUGCGGGUUGCCAGUGCAGGAGAUGAACUCGCAGUAGACAACUUUGUCUUUGCUGAGCACUCUGAUUCACAGUGCUGGGUCAUUCCCCCCGAACUGGCAACCUGUGAAAACUCCCCUUUUGGCAAGCCUCUGUUCAGUGUGGAUGAGGCUGGCAUAGAGGACCAGCGGUCAGGCCAGAGCCACACCUCUGAGACUGAAGCAGAAGACCAGUCUACUCCAGGCCAUGUGGACCAGGAACAACAACCGCAACCGCAGCAGGAGCUGGAGGAUGGGCUGUCUGAUUUGGACCAGGAAGGCAACAGUUCUCAACACGACAAAGAACAGCAGCCAGAGCAUGGCAGUGCUGCCAGGGAGACCGAUCCCUCAGUGCCCAGCAAAGAAGACAUCCCCACCUUCGAUGAGUGGAAGAAACAAGUCAUGGAAGUGGAGAAGGAGAAAAGUCAGUCUCUCCAUACCUCAACUAGCGGCACCCCCCAUCUAGUGAAGAAGGUCCAGAAAAACUUCAAGAAUAACUAUGCCUCUGUGGAGUGUGGCGCCAAGAUACUAUCUGCCAACAACGAGGCCAAGAGCACUUCAGCUAUUCUCAUGGAGAACAUGGACCUUUACAUGCUAAAUCCGUGCAGCAACAAAAUCUGGUUUGUGAUAGAGCUCUGUGAGCCUAUUCAAGUCAAGCAGCUGGACAUUGCUAACUUUGAGCUCUUCUCAUCAACGCCUAAAGACUUUUUAGUUUCCAUCAGCGACAGAUAUCCUACCAACAAGUGGGUAAAGCUAGGUACUUUCCAUGCCCGUGAUGAGCGCAUUGUCCAAAGCUUUCCACUGGAUGAACAGCUAUAUGCUAAAUAUGUGAAGAUGUUCAUCAAGUACAUAAAGGUUGAACUCCUCUCCCACUUUGGUUCAGAACACUUCUGUCCGCUCAGUCUAAUCAGGGUGUUUGGUACCAGCAUGGUGGAGGAGUAUGAGGAGAUAGCAGAUUCCCAGUAUCCAUCAGAGAGACUGGAGUAUUUAGAUGAAGACUAUGACUAUCCAACAGGCUACCAUCCCUCAGAGGACAAGGCCUCUAAAAACCUGCUUGGCUCAGCAACCAAUGCCAUCCUAAACAUGGUAAACAACAUUGCUGCUAAUGUGCUGGGCGGAAAGCCAGAGCUGGAGGGUGGAACAGAAACGGGAGGUAAUAUGACAUCAGAGCAGGAUGAAAAGAAGGACAGCACAGAAGUUUCACCUACACCAGCUGAAACACCAAAGGACUCUGCAGAACUUGAGCCCGCAGAGCCAGAACACACAGCAACCCAGGAGGACUCUAAUGUCUCCAGUGACUCUUCCACACCUUCCCCCUCACCACCAGACUCCCAGGAGGACAGACAGAUUGUCACUCUGGUAGAAGAGGAGGAGGACGAAGAGCCCAGACAGUCUACUGUCACCCUGAUGGAGGAGGAGGGAGAGGAGGAGGAAGAGAAGAGAGAGGAGGCGACGAGGAGGGAGGCAGACAGGAACCAGUGGGAGAGCCAGACCUACUGUCCUUUCUCCUCCUUCUCUUCCCUGUCUCUGUCCUGCAUGGCCACCCUGCAGGAGCUCCUCCAUCGCUGGUGCUCCGCCAGGCUCGCCAAGGAAAGACUCCGCAACCUUAGGCGGAGGCAGCAGAGAACUCAAACACAAACGCACCCUGAUGCAAACACCCCUUCCCUCACAAACACACCUCCGCUGAUCCCUGCCCCUGAUCCCACACCUGUCCAAGAAGCUCUUCCCCUCACAGAAAAAGCUCCAGAGCCUGAGGUGCCUGUUAAGGGCCAUGAGGGGAAUGUCUUGGGUGAGAUGCACACCACACAUCCUAACACUCACACCCCUGAAGCACACACUCCAGAGCUCAAGCUCGUCCUAGAGCCUAGUAGAACAGCCACUAUCCCCCCUCACAGUUUCUCAGACACCCCUAGCUCCUUGACAGUGCCUACCCCCUCCCAUGAGGAGAAUCUGCUUCCUCCCAUCAAAGACGCAGCCCUCGACCCAGUCCCCACUCCACCCCUCCAAGCUGCCACUAUCCCAGAGACGCAACAGGCCAGCAGCGCCACCCCCACCCUUACUGUGAGCUCGCUCCCACAGCCUUUGGCCUCCGAGACAGCCUCUCCAGGUAUUGCGAUCCCCCCUGUCAAGGAGCAGCCUGUUCAGCCUCUUCCCACUGCAUCGAGGCCUGAAGAUCUUAUCCCCCCACCCACUGAACUGCCAGCUCCCCCUCCACUGACUGAUACAGACGAAGUAAAGGCAGGCGCAGACAGUGGGGACUCGCAGAGACACAACGUCCAGACUUCUCAGACUCACGGGGAGCAGGGGGACUCGCUCACUCUCACCGGAGAAGACACCGUGGACGAAGACCUGUUGAGCACUAUUGGAAAUGGCAAUGUCCACCGGACGGCUACAGACUUCUACGCAGAGCUGCAGAAUGGAGGAGAUUAUAAUGGUGGAGCGAUGAUCGGGAACAGCAUGUUGAAUGGGGGAGCGGUGCACGGCUCCAGCCAGAAGGAGAGCGUGUUCAUGAGGCUAAACAACCGGAUCAAAGCCCUGGAGAUGAACAUGAGUCUGUCCAGCAGAUACCUGGAGGAGCUCAGCCAGAGAUACCGUAAACAGAUGGAAGAGAUGCAGAGAGCGUUCAAUAAGACCAUUAUCAAACUGCAGAACACCUCCCGCAUUGCUGAGGAGCAGGACCAGAAGCAAACAGAUUCCAUCCAGGUUCUGCAGAGCCAGCUGGAGAACGUCACUAAACUGAUGCUUAAUCUUACCGCUACUGUCAGCCAGCUGCAGAGAGAGGUAUCUGACCGUCAGAGCUACCUGGUGGUCUCUCUGGUUCUGUGUCUGUCUCUGGGCCUCCUGCUGUGUCUGCAGUGCUGCCGCAGCUCCUCUCCCACUCCCAACACCAACGCUGCUGCCCUUAUCAAGAGCAACCACUACCCCAGCCCCAAGAGAUGCUUCUCCUCCUAUGACGACAUGAGCCUAAAGCGCAGGGUCGCCUGUCCACUUGUUCGCUCCAAGUCAUUCCACUUGUCCUCUACAGAAGUAGGUCCAGAUGACUUGUACAUUGUAGAACCUCUAAGGUUUUCUCCAGAGAAAAAGAAAAAGCGCUGCAAGACAAAGUCGUUGGACAAGGUUGAGAUUCUGAAGCCAGCCGAUCCCUCUGCUCCACUCACAAACGGGGAUCUCAACUGCAACGGCUUCCACCCGUGCCUCCCUGCGCCGCCACCACCACCAUCACCUCCUCCUCUUCCUCCUCCUUCUCUCCCACUGCCUCCCCCUCCCUCUGCAGAGGAGGCGUCAUCCCUGCCCACUUGCACCUCCAAGGAGUUCCCCUCAGAGACUAGCAGCUGCAGCUCGUCCACCCACUCGGAGGAGUCCUACACAAGCUGUCUCCCACCUCCCUCCCCCGUGUUCCCCUCCGCCGGCCUGUGCAACGGACACGGCCCGUCUUUCUCCCUCCAUCAGUCUCCCGCCAAGUCCCGCCAGGAGAAGCGCUCGAUGAAGCGGAGGAAGUCGCGGCAGACGGAGCUGCAGUUCCCUACCAUGCAGCGGGGGAGCCUGGGUUCUCUGCCCAGCCUGCAGCAGCUUAUAAAGGGAAACAAGGAGAUCAGCGUCGGGACCAUCGGGGUGACAGCAGUCACCGGACAUGUCUGAAUAUUCUUACUUUUACAUGACUUUCUAUUAACAACCAUAUAUACACACACACCAACACUAUAUGGUAGCAGACUUAUGAGGAGAUGAGGUCUUACUGCAUCCAAAAGAACCACAUUUCCCAUGAGCACCCAGGCACACCGUGGAACUGAAGUGGCUGGGGCAGCAGUAGCGCCACAUCAUCCAGUUCCUUAUCCACUCCUGUCAAAGAGCUGUUCACGGUUAUGUGCCUUUAUAUCUGUUCUCAACCUUUUUAAUGCUAAAAGAAAUGUGACAUUUAAAUAAUUAUUGAUGUGGACCGAGAGAGACGCUGAGGUGGGGAGUGAAACAUUAUUACAAGUCAAAUCCAUUGAAGAUGUGUUUUUUUUUUUUUUUUUUUUUUCCUUCUAUUGGAUAAGCACAUUGUCCCAUGACAGUUGAGCACCAGAAAAGUGUUUAUCCCCAGUCUGAGCACAGUGAGGAGAGGUGCUGGCCUCAAGUCUACGUUCCUUCACCUAAGUGGGCAUCAAGAAGUAUUAAGGCUGCUCUAUUUUUGGAUGAAACGUGUCGUCGCGAGAGAACUGUGGAGCAUGACAAACUACUUCUAUAUCCCCUUCUGUCUUUCAUUGCCAUCAUUUUAUCCAUUCUGUCUUUGUAUUGCAUCCUAACACGACUGCAUGUGUUUGUAUGGGACCAGAGUGUUCAACUUUCAUCGUACGCCAGAAUCUCGGUUUCUCUUCCUCUGUCUCGGUCAGUCUGUAACAAACCAACCAUCAGAGCUGAAUGAAGAACAGCCUUUUACAUGUCCGAAUGUGUCAGUCCUUUCAGUUUAGUGUCCCAUUUAAUCCCAUAUUACAAAUACAAUUGCAGCAGUCUGUAGAUCCUACUAAUUCACGAUUAAUUGUUCUGUGAACUGUCCCUACCCGGUUAGUUUGGGCUGGGCCCAAAGAGCUUUCUCCCACACCAAUUACAGGGGAUAUUGUGACUGUGGGCGAACAGGCUAAAGGCAAGCCAUGUUUCUUUUAUCCAAUACCGAGCCAUGCUCCUCUCUUAUCAUUGCUCGUGUGGUUUGUUUGAAUUGUCACAUAAGUAUUGAUGCAUAAGUUUGCUGUUUAGGGCACAGUGUACCGUAGGAGCACAUUGUGCAAAACUGAAUGUUUACACUUCGUCUCACACACACACACACACACACACUCUCGCACUUACUGGCACCCUGCAGCCUAGUCUGACAGACCAGUUUUAUUUAUCUAUUUAUUUAUUCAAAUGACUGCAGAUUUUUCUAACUUAACUUUGUUUCCCGUCUCCCAAUCCUGCAGUGUCAAAGCAGUUUAUCCAUGACAGUAUGUUACAUAAAUAAAAUAUUACAGUGAAAUCCACUCGACCACACUGACACAUGGCCAUGGUGGAUGGCUCGACCUCUGACAUUUUUUCUUUUUUUUUGGUGUUUUUUUUUUUUUAGCUUGGGUUCUGAUAUUAUGGCAACCCCUAACUCUGUUUGCCUCUGCCUGAAAUAUCUGACCAAUAUGAUAGCAGUCAUUUAUCCUGCAGCAGCAACAAGAGGAAGUACUGAUUUUAGAAAACUACAGGCUUCUUGGGAUCCUCACACUGCUGCUUUUGUAUUAGGUUGAGAGCAGCUGGGUGGCAGGACGUAGUGGAAAGGGUCAGUCUGAGUGUUGGUGAAUUAUUGUCCCGUCUAUGUGCUCAUUUCAACACCUUUGUCGGAUCACUAGCCAACCCAUUUUUAACUCGCCCUGUUCAUGAUUACAUGACUGACCUACGUUAACGUUCAGUUUAAUGUUUAAACGGCGUAGUUUUAAGUAAUGUAUAUUUUUCUUUAUGUAUGCAGUUUCUGACUGGCUCUGUGUGGUUGCAUUUGGGUACAUUCUGACGGAGAACUUUUUUUCUUACUCUCCCAAAAGAGCGUCAUUACCUCUCCUGACCAGCUUCUAUAGCUCCUCUUUCUCUUUACAUAUCUUUAACA